AUUGUUCGUGAAAGUCGAGUUCAUUUGUGAAACGCAUAGCUAAUAAAGCGAAACUGAAAGUGCAGACAACUUUGUUAUUUGAUCCUUGAAUUGAUGCAAAUGAUGCUAUUUACACGUUUUCAUCCAAAAGAUCGCCAUUUAGUUUUCAGUAUUGUCUUUUUCCUGUGUAAUACAGCAGUAUGUGGCGGUAAUGACACAUUCAACCGAGGAAACCGAGAACUUCAAACAAAACCGCAAACGAUAAGAAUCCAUGCUCAGUACAUGGAGAUAGAACUGAAUUCAGUAGAGACGGGAAGGCUAGAAGAUGCCUUAGGGAGUGUGAUUAACAGGGUGUCGUCCAUCUUUAAAGUUAUUCCUGUCAAAAGUCCUUUGAUAUUGAAAAGAAAAGGAGGAUGUUUUAAACAGUGGACUACAGGUAGAAACAAGAAUAGAUGCCGAUUCUAUGACAGAAAAUAUCCUGCCAUUGGAGAAGAAUGUAACAAGGAGUUUAAGGUUCCAAGUUCUCACCUAUCUGAGCUUUCAGUGUGGGGCGAGACAGAAGAAGAGCCCCUGGAUGUCAGGUACCCCCAGGGAGAGGGUGUGAGGGACACAGAUUUUGUGCUUUAUGUCAGAGCAGUUAGCUCAUUUGCUUGUACCCAGGAGCUUUCCCCAUUGGCAUAUGCUACAUACUGCUACCAGGAUGAGAGGGGACGACCCAUGGCGGGGUACAUCAAUGUCUGCCCCCAGAACAUGUCCAGUUACAGCGCAGACAGGCUCAGAAUGAUAUUACUUCAUGAAGUACUACAUGUAAUGGGAUUCACACGACAUCUAUUUGAGGAUUUCAGACAAUGCUCUUUAACAGAUGAAUUGUCUAGCAUGUGUAAUGACUCUGAUGUCAGGAGAAGCCCGGUCCAGAUUGUGAAUGGACUUCCACGCCUCCUAACUCCAGCGGUACAACGAGAGGCAAAGCAACAUUUUAACUGUCAAGAUGUUAAAUUUGGACCAGCCUUGCAAAAGGAGGGAGGUAUUCUAUCUCAUUGGAACAGAUACCAGAUGUAUGGAUCCAUAAUGACACCCAACCCUGGCCCACCUCAUUUGACCUUCCUUGACCGGAUGACCUUGGCUGUUUUUGAGGACAGUGGGUGGUACACCGUGGAUUACAGCCAAGCGGAGGACUUCCUGUGGGGCAAAGAUGAAGGAUGUAAAUUUGAUUUGACCACAUCACCAGGACACACCUGCAUUCUUGGAGAGCAUGGCUGUCAUUUCCUUCACAGAGAUAGGGCAGUUUGUAAGCAGCUUUCUGUUGAGGGAGAGCACUCUGUUUUUGUCUCAGAACCAGGGAUGGAGUGUUCUAAGGGAGACAACUCUAUGGCUGCAUCAAGUGUAGAAAUAUUUUCCAGACAGAGUCUGUGUUUUAUGUCCAACCUUACAGCUCAGAACACUUCACAGAGACUGGCAGGUCAGUGCUUCUCUCACCAGUGUCAGGAUGGCACACUGUACGUCAAACUAAGGAACACAGGGUGGAUGGAAUGCCCUUACGGAGAAUUCAUCCAGGUAGAAAAUCUUACAGGUGUUGUUUUAUGUCCAGGCAAAAGAGACAUAAUCUGCUUGGACAAAGAAAACAUUUCAACUGUGUCCUCAUCAUCUGUUGGACAAAGACAUCCAUCAGACAGCUCAAAGACAACAACCAGCUUUAUAAUUUAUUCAUCAAGAGCACAUGAAUUCUUUACUAAUGUUUAUAUUUUAUACUGCAGUUAUUUUGUACUCCUUUUGAAAUAAAUCAUCCACUGAAGUUGU